AUGUCAGAACUUCGUCAUGGACAAGCUGACCUUGUUGGAAAGACCGAGCCGAGCAUCUGGAUUUCACGCUCGGCGUUCUCAGCAUCCAGCUGCGCCCUUCGCACGCCGCGGGCCACAAGUGACCGUAUAAGAGCAGCCGCGCCCCGCUCAGGACUGAAAGCCGUGAGAGUGUUGGCAGGUGGACCGGAUGAAAUAUGCUACGAUAAGCUGGGCUGUUUCGCCCGUGGAUACCCAUGGACAGGGACCAAGGAAAGACCCGUUGCCAGGGACCCCUGGAGCCCUGAGAAAAUCGGCACCCGUUUCCUGCUCUACACCAGGGAGAACCCCGACAGCUUCCAGGAAAUCAGCGGGACACAUCCGCAGACGGUUGCUGCCUCUAACUUUGACACCAAUCAGAAGAGUGUCCUGGUCGUCCACGGACAUCUGAAAAAUGGAGAUUCCCAAUGGGUCGUGGAUCUGUGCAAGACUAUUCUACAAGUGGAUGGUGUCAACUGCAUCGGUGUGGACUGGAAUGGUGGCUCUCAAUGUGUGUUUAGCCAGGCUGCGCAGAACGUCCGUGUGGUGGGAGCAGAAAUUGCAUUCUUCCUCGAUGCACUGGAGAGCAACUACAAUUACACCUUGCCAGAUGUAUACCUGGUGGGGCACGGACUGGGUGCCCACGCCGCUGGUGAGGCAGGACGCAGGAAGCCGGGGAUAUCCCGGAUUACAGGCCUCGAUCCCGUUGCCCCGUACUUCCAGAACACCCCUCUCGAGGUGAGGUUGGAUCCCACUGAUGCACUGUUCGUUGAUGUGAUUCACACCGAUGGUUCCUUGAAGUACCCCAGCAAAGGGUUUGGAAUCAUCUAUCCUUGUGGUCACGUGGACUUCUACCCAAAUGGUGGGGACAACAUGCCGGGCUGCUCGAAGAAUCUCAUUUCAACAAUCCUGGAUGUGGACGGGAUCUGGGAAGGGACAAAGAAUUUUCUCUCCUGCAACCACUUCCGCGCCGUGAAGUAUUUCACUGAGAGUUUGACAUCACCGGGCGGUUUUGAGGGUUUUUCCUGUGCCGGUGAAGAGGAGUUUCUCGCAGGGGGGUGUUUCAUGUGCCCCACUGACGGCUGCCCCAACAUGGGCUACGACAUCGGGAGGUAUCGUCCCGCCCCGGGACUGCUGCACCAACCCUUCCAGCUCAGCACGGGCGAGGCCAGCCCCUUUGCACGUUGGCGCUACGAGGUGUCGGUGAAACUCUCCGGUUCACACUCUGUGUCCGGUUUCAUUAACGUCGCCGUGUACGGCACCAAAGGAAACUCCCGUCAGCACAGAAUCACGAGAACUAAACUCCACCCUGGCACCACGUACACAUCCCUCAUUGAUGUGGAGCUCGACAUGGGGGACAUUACCACAGUGAAGUUUCUUUGGGACAACAGACAGAUAAACGCCUUUCACCCUAAGCUCGGAGCGGAGAAUAUCACUGUGGUACGAGGACAGGACCACACCAGGUCAGUCAGGAGCCCGGAAACCGCAGUACAGCGUCAGUGUGGCCAACUGGUGUCUUGCAAGGACCCAGAGGCGAGACUGGGGUCGGUGUGGAGGGCGGACCAGGGCCCGCGACUGAACCAGUGGGACAGUUCAGGAACCUCCGGUCAGGGGACCACGCGAUCAAACGUGAGAGCGAAGCUCCGGCCAAGCCAGUCUGACCUGGCCCUGUGGGAUUGUGCAGUAUUAUUGAAGCAGAUUAUUCAGCCCAUUGUGGUCACGGCCAUCUUGAAGAAGAAAGACUCAUGCGCGAUUUUCUGGAGUUUCCAUUUUUGUGGAGACCAGGUGGUUCGAGAGCAGACCCUUCAAACCCUCUUGCCGUGUGCCAAGUAG